CGUCGUCUCUACCCGCUGCACCUCGAUCGUAGGUAAUGCUCUAAUAUUUUUCUCCGCAUCGAUUUAAUUUUUCGGGGAGGAAAAAGAAUAUAGUGUUUUUUAUUCUUUCAAAUAGAUUUUAUUUGUUUUACUCUUUCCGCGAUCGUUUUAUUACAUUCAGUCGUCCGUCCAUCUGUCCGUUCAUUGAUAAAAAUAUAAUAUAAUCACGACCGUAAACGUGUAUUUUAUUAGAGGUACGUACUCCUUAGAUCGAGUGUAUGUACUCUGGAGCAAAACAAGUGUCGAAGUCGUGCGUGGAUAAUUAAGUUUGUAUCUCUGAACCAUCGCGACCAUCGAAUCUUUUAUACAAAUCUUGAAUUAAUUUCGUGAAACGGCUGUUUGAAUCGUUUGACUCGGUAGUUUAUCUGACGCAUAAAACGAAGACGCGGGACUCGAUACAUUCAGUGCUUAUUUCCUUUGCCCAGUCGCUGAUUUGCAAGUAACUGAUCAAGGACAGUAUACAAGCAUCUAGACGUGCCUGAAAACUACCAUUACAAUAUACACUACAAUGACAACAAUUGCGCUUCUGUCAUUGUCUGUAUAGUGUGGCCUAUUUUGUUGCUGCCGUAAUUGCAGGGUUUGUUUUAAGUCAAAGCUAUUAAACAAAUUUAAAUUGAGAUGUAUGCAAAAGGAAAGGGCGCAACAGUGCCAUCAGAUGCUCAGGCUAGAGAAAAGUUAGCAUUGUAUGUUUAUGAGUAUUUAUUACAUAUUGGAGCUCAGAAAGCAGCUCAAACAUUUUUAAAUGAAAUUAGAUGGGAAAAGAAUAUCACACUUGGUGAACCACCAGGAUUUCUGCAUUCUUGGUGGUGUGUAUUUUGGGAUUUAUAUUGUGCAGCUCCAGAACGCCGUGAUACAUGUGAACAUUCAAGUGAAGCUAAAGCAUUUCAUGAUUAUGGUUUUGUAAAUUCAGGAUAUGGUGUAAAUGGUAUUGCACAUAAUGCUGGACCUUCUCCUAGUCCUUUAGGACAAAUGCCUCCAAAUGAUGGAAUGCCAGGAGGUCCAAUGCCUGGUGGAUUUUUUCCAAAUGCUUCUAUGAGACCAUCACCUCCGAGUCAUCCUUCAACACAACAAUCUCCUCAUUCUCAACCACCAUCACAUGGACAAAUGUUAUCAAAUCAGCCUUUUAUGGGUCCUCGAUAUCCAGGUGGUCCAAGGCCUGGAAUUCGCAUGUCACAAUUAGGAAAUGAUUUUAAUUCUCCUACAGGGCAACCAAUGAUGCCUGGGAUGGAUCCUUUAAGACAAGGUGAAGCUGGAGAAUAUGUUGUAGGUUGGCAAGGAGGUAUGGGACCAAUGAAUCCUCGUAUGAAUCCUCCUCGAGGUCAAAACACUCAAAACAUGAGUCCAUUAGGAUCUUAUAGCCCUGGAAUGCGCGGACCUCCGCCUAAUACAACCUUAGGCCCUGGUGGUGGCGGACCAAACAUGCCUUUAUCUAUGGGCGGACUUGUUGGAAGACCACAAUGGCAACCAAAUGCAAAUACUCCAAUGAGUUAUUCAUCAUCAUCACCAGGAGCGUAUGGAGGACCCUCGGGAUCAGGCGGCCCUCCUGGACCAGGCACACCAAUAAUGCAAAGUCCUCAAGAUUCUUCAAACUCUGGAGGAGAAAGUAUGUACACAAUGAUGAAGCCGGUUACUGGAGGGAAUAUGCCUGGUGAUUUUCCAAUGAAUAAUGCAUCAGACAGUGGACCAUUAGGACCAAUGGGUCCUAAUACAAUGAAUUCGGUUUUGAACGGUGAAGGACUAGAUGGUAUGAAAAAUUCACCUGCGCCAGGUGGCCCAGGGACACCGAGAGAAGAUAGUGGAAGUGGCAUGGGCGAUUAUAAUUUGUCAGGAUUUGGAGGAGCAGGAGAAAAUGUAAUUGGCCUGGAUAUAUAUUAGUUUAGGGACAUUGAAGACAAUCGAUGAACUACAUACUGAUUAAGGAGUGAUGACAAUUGUAUGGUGACCAAGAAACAUAAUGUGGCAAAUAAUUACAAUUGAUUAUAACUUAAACUUUUUUUUUUUAUUAAUGUAGUAUUAAAAUGCAUUUAAUUUUUUUUUUUUUUUUGAAACAUUCAGUAUUGUUCACCAUUUUUUUCACCUCACCGUCAUCGGGUUGUUAUUCAUCUUUUUUUUGUCAGAUUUUUAAAUUCACAAUUGAUAGUUUUUCAUAAACUACCCUAAGCGUUUAACAAAAAUUAUCACUACGAGUUAAAAACUAUGUAGAUUCCCAAAAAAAUAUUAAAGACAUGAAAUAACUUUAAAAUACAGUUUAAACUGAAUUUAUCAUAUAGAGUGUAUUGUGCCUGAAUUUUAAAUUGGUGUUUAUAGAGCUUAUAUGUAUCUAUUUACAAGUAUUUGGCAUAUUAAAUUUUGAUCUGGGUAAAUUUUUUUAUAUUAUUAUUAUUAUUUGUCAGCCUGAGUGUUUCUUUAGUUUUCUAUUUACACUAUUAUUUAGUGUAAUCAAAAUCAAACUCAUCCUCAGCUAAAAUGUUAUGAAAAGGUAUGAAGUUUAAAAUUAU